UAAGUUUCAGUGGCAAAACCCCUGCCUUUUAACCACCGCUGCACAUCUCACCUCACUUCACCAGAGGAAGAACCCUCUCUUUCCACAGAUGAUUUCAAUGGACUUUCAGGUGUUAUAUUAACUUUUUUUAUUAUUAUUAUUGUGUGACGCAAAGCAGCAAAUGAACUCGAGAAACACGAUGAAGCAGCCCAUGGAGCACAUCAAGAGACCAAUGAACGCGUUCAUGGUGUGGUCGCGAGGUCAGAGGAGACAGAUAGCACUGGAGAACCCAAAGAUGCACAACUCUGAGAUCAGCAAGAGACUCGGCGCCGAGUGGAAGCUGCUCUCUGAGCUCGAAAAAAGACCGUACAUCGACGAGGCCAAAAGACUGCGCGCCCAACACAUGAGAGAGCACCCAGACUACAAAUAUCGACCGAGACGCAAAACUAAAGGACUGCUGAGGAGAGACACGCUGUUGACUUUACCGCGUCACGGCGAGCGAGAACUUCAAGCCAUCUCAAAUUUGGACAAACCUCGACCCCUUUAUUCAGCUGCGUCCAUGCAACAACCUUUCAUGGAGCCGAGCCGGGCAAGUGUUAGCACUGGUUUUCAACAUGAAAAACUUGCUUUAACCCCGGGCUCUUUGUCUUUCUCUUCAGCUUUUGGCUGUCAGAGUGGACACCGGUCCUUCGGGAGUCUGGGAUGCUCGGGUCAGUACGCGCACACUCACUUGUCACCUGCAAACCCCGGAUACCUGCUGCCCUGUAACUGUUCGCCCUGGUCUUCUUCCAGUCUCACACCUCCACUUGCCUAUAUAGUGUUUCCAGGUAUGAGCCAGACUGCGGUCAGCUCUACAGCGCUGUGACUCAGUACUUAAAAUGUCAUUAGUAUCGCAGAAAGUUUUUUUUUCUCUCGAAGAGAGAAACCGAUUGGUCUUUUCUUAGUUCAAGUUCAAG